AUGUCGGGUUUCCUAUCGAGAGCCAAUCUGCCUCUGGUGACCAAAUCUGGUCAGCGGGCUACCGUCCCUGACGACCAAACCGUCGUUUGCCUAUACUUCUCGGCCCAUUGGUGUCCGCCGUGUCGUCAGUUCACUCCUAUGCUGAAGCAGUUCUAUCAGCUUGCGAGGUCGGUCGGAAUGAAAAUAGAGGUGGUCUUCGUGAGCUCUGACAGGAGUGAAGCGGAGAUGCUCGACUACUUCCGUACGGAACACGGCGACUGGUUGGCCUUGUCGUAUUCGGACCGCUCUCAAGCUCAAUGGCUGGGCCAGAACUUUGGAGUUCGGGGGAUACCAUCGUUGAAAGUCCUCAACUAUGAUGGCGAAUCCUGUGUGGCUGAUGGGCGAUCGGAGGUCAUGCGAGCCCUACAGGGAGGACCAAGUGGGAUGGUCAACUGCUUGCAGUCGUGGAAGGCCCUAUCGGGAGUCUCCGCAGCCACUGCACUUGAUACUUCUAAGCUCUCUCUCCAAGGCAAGGAGCUUGCUCUCAAACUCCUUAACAACGUGCUCGGUCGUCCCUCCGAGGCGAAGUUCCGUACGAUCAAGUUGCACAAUAAGACGAUUUCCCAGGCUGGGCUGGGCAGUCCCGAAGGGGAGGCGGUGAUGACCGCGUGUGGCUGGCAAAAGGUGGUGGGCUCUGACCCCGGCUAUACGGUGCCACCAGUUAACGAUGCUUGGCUGAGGGCAAGUCGAGGGGCACUGGAGAGAGCUAUCGCUAGGGAGAAGGCAACGGUUGUGACUGCGUCGAUGGAGCCUAGUGGAGCCGUUCGGGCAAAGAUAUCCUAUGCGACGCACGCGGAAGAAAUUGAAAUCGAGACUGUGGAUCUCUCAACUUUACGGGCGUUAGUAUCAUCAUUGUUUGAAAUUGAAGAUGAAAAUUCUGUGAAGAUGUUCAGCGAGCAGCUGAGGGCUGAGGGGGAAGUCUGUCAGGAGGAUUUGAAGGGACUAGCACUGGCAGGAGCGGCUGGGAAGGAGGUCGAAAUUGUGGUGUUAACCUCGUUGAGUCCCUCGAACCCCUGCCCUGCUAAGUUGGUGGGUAGUGAUAGUGAAGCUAAUGGUUGGGCCCAGGAGGUCAGGGCUGGCCUCACGGCCCAGGUGGAGUCGAAGGCUGGGGGUGUUGGUGUGAAGGACAGUGUACGGCAGCAGAUCGUCAACAAUGCAAUGCACGUACAGUUGUAUGAAAUCCCUUCAAACCAGCAGGCUGCCUUGUCGGUGGUCCCAGUCGUUGAGCUUCAUAAGAAGGCAGUCAGCCGUUGUCGAGCGUUGGUGGAAGAGGACGGUUCUCCCUACUAUGCUGAGUGCCUUCUUGAGGAGCUCGUACAGUGGUUUAAGAAGUCCUUUUUCAAGUGGAUGGAUAAACCUGAAUGUGAUGCCUGUGGGUGUAAGAACACAGAGAGUCAGGGGACUACGACGCCGACCCCCGACGAGGCCAAGGGCAUGGCCAGCCGAGUGGAGGUGUAUCGAUGCACAGUGUGUGGGUCUGUAACGAGGUAUCCACGUUAUAACCAUCCAGUGGCUCUUCUCCACACUCGCAGUGGUCGCUGUGGAGAGUGGGCCAAUUGUUUCUGUCUAGUGGCUAGGAGUGUGGGGUUUGAGGUCCGACAUGUCAUUGACGCAACUGAUCACGUUUGGUCGGAAGUGUGGGUCGACCGACAGCAGCGUUGGGUGCACGUCGACCCUUGUGAAGCCGUUAUAGAUGCACCGCUAAUGUAUGAGAGUGGUUGGAAAAAGAGCCUUUCGUGGGUUUGGGCGACGUCUAGGGAUGGCUGUAGGGAUGUGACACCUCGAUACACGCGUCACCUCAGCACAAAAGAAUUCCAAAGUCGCCGACAGGCUUAUGCUGGGGAUGUGAAAGGAAUGGAGGAGGUACUUGUAGCCGUCAACGACACUCUGGAGAAAUGCUAUUUCGACCGGGUUCGGAAAGUUUCGCCAGGGUUCAUCGAGGCUGUUAGGAAAUUUGACCACGACCGUUCCGCACGCGAGAGCACCACGAUAGGCUCUGAUGAGGACGAGUCGUCUGCCACUGGAGUUGAUCCAUUUCGAAACUGCAAGACGGCCCUCAGCAGCGGUCGGCAGACAGGGUCGGUAGAGUGGCGGAAACAGCGUGGAGAGUUGGGGGAAAAUCUGCUCGAGCAUGGUCCGACUCACGCUGACACGGUAUUCGUUGAUUUGAUGCCUAAGGAAGGGGAGGAGAUGAGCGAGGUGCAAAUCUUGGCCGACGACAACGCUGUGUAUGGGUUGGAGGUCAUGUGGUGCUCUGGUGAGACUUGUCGAAAGGCAUGCGCGAUGUCCUCGUCGCCGCAUGGAAAGCCGACCGCGCACGCCCUGGUGAUCGAUAAGGGAGAAUCUAUCACGGAGGUCGUCGGUCGCUGUGGCAGCUGGGUCGAUUUUUUGAAGAUUCGGACGUCGAGUGGACGGGAGAUCAGCGCGGGAGGAAAUGGCGGAGCGGAGUUUUCUAUUGUUAAGGGAGAUGAAGGGAAGCGUGUGAUAGGGUUCAGAGUUGGAUAUGGGGGCCACAUGCAUAGUAUUGGGGCUUACACCGCUGCCUUGGCCGAUCCGGGCCGGCGAGAUGCUGCUAAGGACGUUAUGAAAGAGCUCUUCACACGAUAUGUGGAGGAAGGUAUGGAUCAGAAUGCUGCUGCGGCCAAGGCACUGUUGGAAACCAAGCGGAGACUGACUCGAGGGCAAUAGUCUUAUAUAAACCAUCUAGUUGAGUGCUCUUUCUC